AUGGAGCUCGACAAGGAUAACGCUAACCCCACCAUCCUGAACCCCUCCGACCUGCCCUCGCGUCGCAGGGAGUCAUCCGUCAAGAAGCGCGAAGAUGGCGGAACUGGAUUGUUUGACGCUCUCGUCCCUUCCUAUACAUACUUGAGCGAUCCGUUCGAGCCCUCUGUCUCGUCAUGCGACUCCGACGACGAUUCGGUCGAGGACAUCGAUGAGCUAGAAAUAUAUGACCUCAUCUCCUCCAUAUCAGACCCUGAGCACCCCCUAUCGCUGGGCUCACUGGCCGUGGUCAACUUGCCAGAUAUUCACAUAUACCCGCCCACGUCUCCUCACUCAAAGAUUAGCACCGUCGUCGUAGAAAUCACCCCUACCAUCACCCAUUGCUCUCUGGCCACCGUCAUUGGUUUGGGGGUCAGAGUGAGGCUCGAACAAGCCUUGCCGCCGCGCUUCAGGGUUGACGUCCGCGUAAAGAAGGGCACCCACAGCACGGACGAGGCGGUGAACAAGCAGCUCGGAGACAAGGAGAGGGUUGCGGCGGCACUGGAAAACGAUACUCUGAUGGACGUUAUUCGCAGAAUGCAUGCCACUUGCGAAUAG